CAUCGACAUCGACAAAAUGCCCCUCUCAGAAAAACAAAUGAAAUACCUAGCCCUCGCCUGGCAAUGUUUCGACACCGAGCCCAAGAUCGACUACGAAAAAUUCGCCCAAGUCGCAGGCCUCAAAACCUCGGCAUCCGCACGAGAACUCAUGCGCGUGACGAAAAACAAACUGAAAGAAGAAUACGGUGCGCUUUCGGGAGAUGUGCAGAUGACGAAUGGCGGCACGCCGGGGAAGAAGAGAGCGACUCCUUCUAAGCGCAAGGCUGGAACUGGAUCUGGGGAUGAUGAGGAGGAACAGGAGACGGUGACGCCGGCUUCGAAGAAGAAGAAGAAAGUGAAGAAGAGUCCCACUAAGGCACUUCCCCCAGUGGUGAAGUCUGAGCCGACGCCGGAUGAUAGCGAGGAGGAUGGAUUGGGAUUGCUUUAGACGUUCGGUUUGGGUUGAUUAUUCAGAAUGGCGCGAUGCGGUGCGGUGCGGUGCGAAUCGAUGCGAGAUGAUGAGUAUCCGAGAAAUGCGACUUGGUGAUGCGAGCAAUGCGACUUGUGCCGCGGCGAGGAUGCGUGGCGCUUUGCCUGCGACUUCUACCAGCAGGCAGGCAAGCAAGGGAGUAGGGGAUUGAAUGUCUGUACACACUAUGGCUUCUUCAUGUCAAAAAAGCUUC